UUUUUCAAUUACCAUGCUUUGGUCACACUGGCAGGAAAAGCGGAUUCUAGCCAAAUGAAAACAUUGCUGGCCAAAUCGCGCAAAUUGUCAAUUAAUCGCUAAUAAAAACGAUGGGGGACCAACAGCAGCUGAUCCUGGCCACCGGGGGCUACGAUCACACGAUAAAGGUGUGGCAGGCGCACACGGGGAACUGCAUCAAAACGAUGAGAUUCGUGGAGACCUCGCAAGUAAAUGCGCUGGACAGGACGCCGGACAAGACGCGUCUGGCGGCAUGUGGCUACCAGUGCAUCCGGCUGUAUGACCUGGAGUCCAACUGCACCGCACCGGUGAUCAACUUCGAUGGCGUGCAGAAGAAUGUGACGCGGCUGGGCUUCCAGGAGGAUGGCAACUGGAUGUUCACCGCCGGCGAGGAUCACCAUGUGCGCAUCUGGGACAUGAUCUCCGCACCGCCGCACUGCUCGCGAGUGUUCGACUGCGAGGCGCCCGUGAAUGCCGCCUGUUUGCAUCCCAACCAGGUGGAGAUUGCCAUGGGCUCUCAGAACGGCAGCGUCUUCCUGUGGGACGUCAAGUCGGAGCGGCACGAGCGGAUUGUGCCCGAGGUGGAUGCCUCCAUACAGGAUGUGGCCAUAUCGCCGGACGGCCGCUACCUGGCGGCGGUCAACAACAAGGGCAACUGCUACAUCUGGUCGCUGACCAGCCAGGACCAGAAGAUGAGCACGCUGCGGCCCUCGAAGAAGAUCCAAGCGCACAGCCGCUACAUCCUGCGCUGCAAGUUCAGUCCGGACUCGAGGCUGCUGCUCACCACCUCGGGCGACGGAACGGUGGGCAUUUGGAAGACCGAUGACUUCACCAAAUGGCGCGAACUCUGCAUCGAGAACUACUGGGUCUGGGAUGCCGCCUUCAGCGCCGACUCCAAGUGGCUCUUCACCGCCUCCUCCGACGGCAUUGCGCGUCUCUGGAAGCUGGCCACAAAGAGCCCGAUCAGGGAGUACACCGGCCACACCAAGGCCAUCACUGCCCUGUCCUUCAAGGACGAGAUUGUGGGCAAAUAGUAGUAGUGGUAGUAGUAGAGCAGUAGCUAGCCGCUAGAAUCUAGCCGCUAGCAACUAGGAUCUAGGAUCUAGGCAAUUUGUAAGCCUUGUGAGAGUCCUGCCAAGUUGAUUGUCUCCAGGUUGGGCCCUGAUUUCGCUCCUUUCAGCAAGGCUUGUUGAGAAUUUGCCAUUUAAGUUUAGGUUUGCUUUAAAAAGAAGCUUUCAACUGUUUGAGCUCAAUUCUAAAUUCACUAAUUUCAUAUUUAAAUAUAACAUAGCAAGAACUGUUGAAAAUUGCAAUUUUUAUACAGAACUUCAAUUUAGUUUUGGUUUUAAAUAUUCAUUUAAAUGAACAUACCAGAUUUGCCAUGAAUUUAAAUGAACAUUGCAAGAACUGUUGAAGAUUUGCUAUUUUCAUACAGAACUUCAAUUUAGUUUCGGUUUAAAAAGAAGCUUGUAAACUAAUUAAACUUAAAGAUUUGACAUAUUUAAACAUGUUUUUAAACCAAACAUGUUUUAUAAUUUCCUAUCUCCAUUAAAUUCAAUAGUUUUGCUUAUAAUCUAUAUCUUCGAAUGUUCACUAUGCUCAAGUAAACAUUACUUAAAUGUGUACAAUUUUCAAUUUAAAGAAGACUUCUUUUGGAGAGCUUGGAUUAAUUAAAAUGAGUAGGUACACAAUGUUAUAUUUUUCUUCUAUUUCCUAUUUGUUUAAUCAAACUGCCAGCAAUGCUCAUAAAAUCAGCAAGACCUAAGCUUUGUUUUCCAUUAAAAAGAGCCUUUAAAUCAGGGAGCGAGUCGGAUAUUCACUCGCGAAUGGAUAUUAUAAAACAAUAACCAACCAAGCGAGACAAUCAUUGAAAGGCACUAGACUCUGUGGCAAAUAAUUUGGCAAUUUUCGGAGGCAGUUAAAUUUAGGGAUGAAAAUAGUGAUCAAGUGAUGACUCCACAUACGCAACACACACCAGAACCAGAACUGAAGCAUCAUCCAGACAACAACAACAACAACAAGAACAGAGAAACGAGAAAAUACCUCUGAAAAUGAGCGCUUGGCUUUUGUAGCGACUUUUUCAUAAUUUAAAUAUAUAAACCUUUGAUACAUAAUUAUAUUACGACUAAAUCGUGUGUGUGUGUGUGUUUGUGUGUGUAUGCAAAAUGCAAUUUGAAUAAAAACCUUAAGGGCACAUAAAUAUAUUAUACAUACAAUACGCAACUCAAGGAAA